AUGCGCUUGUGGCCCCUCCACCCCACACCCAUGGCCUGCUACGACCGCUGCCGCCCCUGCGGACCCAACCCGCUGGCCAACAGCUGCAACGAGCCCCUGCGACCCAUCCUCACCUCCUUCCCCCAGAGCCAACCGCCGUCGGAAUCCUCCUCAGGGCUGCCCUGGGCACACGAGCUCAACGCCCCAGGACAAGCCCCAUCUCCUCCGGCGCCUUCGGCUACGGCUACGGUCUACGGCUUGGCUGGCCUGGGCUAUGGCUGCGGCGCCGUGAGAGGCUGCUACCCUGCUGAGGGCCCUGCACACCCCCCCUGA